AUGGCAACUUCCGCUCAUUCGCGAUGCGUCGCGGUUUCGAAUCCCCGCGUCGGCAAUAACUCUUCCUUCAUCACCCCGUCGUGUCUCGCAUCAGGAUCCCCGCAGCUGCCUUCCUCCUGCGCCUCGUUCCACUAUCUCUCCCUCAUCUCGCUCCCCAUUCUCCCCUCGCUCCGCCUCCCUUCCGCUGCUCCGAGCGCGUUUCCCCGCUCGGCGAAAAUAAAGCUGUACAGAAGCAGCGCGGGGAAGGGUACAUUCUUAUGGCACGAAUGGAAUGGACUUCGGAGUACGAGACUUGGGGGACGAGGGGGGUUGCGGAAGGCGCAAGGAUUCGGGUUUUCAGCUCGGAAGGCGGAAGACCUGGGGGAGGUUUCCAGUUCGAUACGGGGGAGUGCGGAGCGGAGGGAUACGGGGAAGGGGAAGCGUAGAGGUGGGACACACGGCGGAGUUGGUGGCGAAUCAGUUGAUAACGGAUUGGACAGCUGGAGAUCCCAAGGUUGGGACGACGACACUAGCAAAUUAGGAGGUGCUGAUACCGCGUCGAGUGCUUAUAACGGAGGCGGUUACAGCGAGGACGAGCGGAAUGUGACUAGAACGGUGGACCAGCUGAUGGAGCGGUUCGAGUCGCUGCAGCAGCAGAGAGAGCGGGGCGCAGGUGGCGCCGCGAUUGGCGGAGGCAUGACGCGAUUCGAGAUGGAUGAUGACGAGUAUGCCGCCGCUGCUGGUGCUGGUGCUGGUGCAGGAGGUGCGGUGAUCACGGCUCGUGAUCUGGCGAGGCUGUUUGACCACCCCAUUGACAAGUUUCAGCGAGUGGCGAUAGAGGCGUUCCUGCGCGGCUCCUCAGUGGUGGUGUGUGCGCCCACCAGCAGUGGCAAGACACUCGUGGGGGAGGCAGCAGCAGCAGCCACGAUGGCGAGGGGAGGGCGCCUCAUCUACACCACGCCGCUUAAGGCGCUCUCCAACCAGAAGCUGCGUGACUUCAGGGUGAAGUUUGGGGAGGGCAACGUGGGGCUGCUGACUGGUGACGUGGCAGUGAACAGAGACGCGCCCAUCCUUGUCAUGACCACUGAGAUUCUGCGCAACAUGCUCUACACCAGCAAGAUGCUCUGCAACAGGUGUGGUGUGGCUAUUAGCGAGAUGCUCUACACCAAAUGUGGUGUGAUUAUAGUGAGGCGAGAUGCUCUGCACCAAGUGUGGUGUGUGACUAUAGCGAGAUGCACUGCAACAGGUGUGGUGUGUGACUAA